AUGUCUUCGCCGCGUGAAUUAUCGUCUUUAGGAAUAAGCCACGCUGCCCCGCCUCUCGAUUUUUCAUUUAAAUGCCUUGCUGUUUUAUCUGAUAUUUCUGACGAGGAGCCGAGAGAUGGAAUUAGGAAGCUGCGAUACACGAGACAAGAUAAACCAAAGGCUGUAACAAAUGCUUUUAGGCUCAACAACAAUUCAUUGUGCGAGCUGUCAGGGUUCGCCGAAACUCUUGCGUCUCUCGUGGACAACCCCGAUGGUCUGCUUUGGAUUGACAUCUCGUUCAAUGACCUUACAACAAUAGAUCCUGUCUUACCCACUUACCGGAACCUGAGGGUGCUGUACUUGCAUGGCAACAACAUCUCAAAUUUGUGUGAAGUGGAAAAGCUGGCACAACUGUCAGAUCUACGCAGUUUGACGUUGCACGGUAACUCGAUUGAGAAUGAGAAAGGUUAUCGACACAUGGUGCUAGCGAUGAUACCUCAGCUGAAGACGUUAGAUUUCAGCGGCAUAACAAAGUCAGACCGGGCUACUUCACUACAGUUCAAGAACAGGCCCUGGGCGAAGAAAACAAAGAAGAAAGCACAAGUCUCGGAGUAAAUUUAGAGUCAAAGGAUCCGUAUGCACAAACCAUGGCGGAAGUGUCAGCUAGUGGAUUGCCAAAUAACUGCCAAGCUGGAUGUUCGCAAUCCGAAUGGAUUUUACCGUUUUAGUUUAUAGUUUUAGUAUGUAAGCGAGUCGUGUAUUUCGUUUUGUGCACUAGCCUGACUAGGCCUACCCCAAUAAUACUUUAUUAGCUAACAUUAACAAUCAAUUUAGAUUAGCUCUGUAAGUGUAACCUAGACUUUGCUUCCAAAGCUCUAUAAUCUAUAGGCUAUAUAGCCUCUAUUAAGCCUACACUACAUCCAUUAAAUGCACACUCCAUGUCGACUUGGAGACAAGGGUUCCGAUUUUUCGUCCGAUGACGUGAAUGGUCCAUCACUGUCCAUGUAUGGCGAUGCUCGAAUGGCAAACGCUUGCUACUGUAAACAAGCAGCUGCGCGGUCAUUGUGGUCGCACUACCUUGUACACUGUGAAGAAGCCUUUAGAAGCGAAUGGCUAUCAUACAGAAAAAAAGUAUAAGUUAGAAGAUCUGAGGGGCAACGGGAUACUCCCAGUCGUAGAAACCAAGGGCGCGGCCAACCAGCGACAUCUUAGUCGCUUGAAGAAGAUGCUCUGUAUCUAGCUCACUACUGAGCAAAUUUCCCCGAGCAACAUAAAAGUAUCCAACUUGCCCGCCUGUUUAUACGGUAGCAGCUAGUAGGCAAGUUAUGGGUGGGGUUAUGCAGUGGUAUACGCACAUCAGUGAUUCACUAAACCGUAUAUAAGCAUAUGACGAGGAAACUUCCUGGUUACUUGCAAUUUGGGGGUCAUUUGAAAUGCUGCUAGUUCCAUAGCUGCUUCUAGGUACACAAAAACCAAUAUUUCUAACGUACCAUUGGUUGCAACAUUUCCCUACAGCUAUACGUACUUCUGAAAUGUUUGUUAUAUAUGUACGUCGACGUGUAAACUUGUGAAUGCAAGAGAACCAUUAUGUUAGCUUUUAUGUAAGUUACACUUACAUAUAAUCAAGAGCGUAUAAAGAAGCUUCUUUAUAUGCUCUUGAUACAUCACCGUAAUUAAUAACUCGUAUUAAAGUGACUGUGUGGUCUAUCUAUCAUUAGUGAUUUAGUCACAAUAAUGAUGGUUAAGUUGUUAGUAAUGUUGUGUAAUAAUCAAUACAAAUUUUUUACUUUGCAUGAUACUAUACUGACGAUAGAAAAGUGUGAUCAAUUUCGAUAAAUUGAUUAUGUAUGAUAUUCCUCAAUUAUGUUUUAAAAUAGGAACCUUUGAAAAAUAGGAUUUUUGAGAAAAAUGGAAUAUCAAUAUAAUAUUUGCAGUAUUACUAUAAAAAUUCUUUCAAAUUAAAAUUGAGAAUGUUCCAAAAUACAUUUUGAUGUUAAUAACCAUUUUAAUAACGAACACAAUUAUCCGUAUUUUUUUAAUUUUUAUCUAAAACAAGUAAACGAGAACAAACAAAAUCUAAAUAAUUACACUAAUCACAUACACACGCACGCACGCACGCACACACACAUACCUUUAUAUAUAUUUAUAUUUCAUUGAUUCUUUAUUAGACCAUUGACAAUUUCAUUUUCAUGUCCCUGUUUUAGAAAUAUCUUAUCAUAUUGUUUUAGAAAAACAAAGUAGAUGGGAUGAAAAGCAGUAUAAUAACCUGUUCUACUAUAAUAAUAUAUAAAAUAAAGCGGGGCCGUCAUCUUACACGUAACCACAAUCAUGUGUUUAAAAAAAACCCAGCUGAAUUGACUGAGAAAUGCAAGACAGCGAGGAGAGUUGCGGUUCCUUACUCGUAUUUGGUAACCUUAGGAACUAUACGUAUACCACAGAUAACUAACAGAAAGUAGAAACUAAUCCAAAUACGGAUUCCAACACGGAUAACAAUAGUUCAAUUUGUUUUACAACAAUAAAUUUACCACCACCACCAACAACACCAACAGCAACAACAACAACAACAACAACAACAACAGCAACAACAACGAAUUUAUACUCGAUCCCAAAUAUCACAAGGCAUAGUUAAAUAAUUGAAGUGCCACCUUUCACUUGCUGCAAUUUGUAUACGACUCCAACACGAUCCUAAUCUACUGUCGCUAUAGUCAUUUGUAUGUACACACGCACCCACGCACGCACACACCCAUUUCAUUUGAUUCUGAUAAUAUAGAACUAUAUAACUCCAGUAAGGGUAUAACAACCAAGAGUUUUGUUUACAUGUAAAUUCAUUAUAUAUCGUUUAUCAUUAUUAAUAACAUCAAUGGCACAUAACACUCGUAACACCAUGGGCUCCAUAUCUGCAUAUUAUGAUGACAGACAUCUCAAUUAUGUACUAACAAUUCAUAAAUUUAUGCCCGUUAUAAACAACAGCAUAACCUCUAUGCGAAUACAAGGAAUAUAUCCCUAUUUCAAAACUGUAUAAUGAUCUCAGGUAUCACUAUUGAUGACGAUGCACAUGACGCCGGUGGCGUGAAUAGUGAUGAUUUAGACAUUUAUCCAACAAACGCAGUGGCGGCAAUGUUUAUCGGUAUGGUUUCAGCAAGUAAGCUGAGGCCGUAGCUAGCUGGGGGGGGGGGGGGGCAAUGAAGAGAGUUGCCCCUUAGAGAAAUGUAAAUACGUUACAAGGUCAAUCAAAAUCACUAUAUAUAAACGCACGCACACGCGCGCGCGCGCACACACACGCACACCUAUGAGAUAUAUAUAGAUCAGUGAGCACAACGGGUUAGCUACGCUCCCAGUAACCAAUGACACACUCUGUUCUAUCACAUGCGCAGUGAGUGGCAAAAUGCCACUUUCGCAUAUGCGUCACCGUGAACUCAUUGCAGGCAAAUAAUUUCAAUAAUCUGUUAAAAGACCCGAGCACUUACGCAUACAGCUUACAUUCCUCUCGUAUAGGUUAACUGCAUCGCUGCAAGACGCAAAAUAUAUACUUACAACCUAUUGUAUUUGGUUAACUGCUUUGCGUACAUUUACGUUCGCCUCUAGGUAUUUGAAAGCCAUGCAAUGAGAUUGAGAACAUUAAAAAACAGAAAUACAUGUGGCGUAGCAUAAUGAGGGGUUGAAAAUGUGCUCCACGUCAGUAAGAACAGGAUUGCGCGAUGCACGAGCGCGAACACGCGAAUACGAACGAAAGAACGAACGAAAGGCACAAGCACGCGCCCACAAAUAUACGCGCGCACGCACUAACCCACACACGCACACUGGCAACUAAAUGCACGCUGAUAAGCGUUAUAAAUGGCCAACUGCAUGAUCGGCACUCAAUUCAAAAGGACUGACUAUGGAUUCUAUCGUUGUGCCGCACUUUAAUUGUAACUAUUUUUGACUAAGGAUCACGUUAUUUUAAAUGUAUAUAUUCUUAAAGAUGAUUUUAGUUGUAGU